AGUGCAAGUUAAGAGUUCAGACAUACAAGUUGGAGACCUCAUCAUAGUGGAAAAGAAUCAACGAAUCCCAUCUGACAUGGUGUUUCUCAGAACAUCGGAAAAAACUGGUUCGUGUUUUAUUCGAACUGACCAGCUCGAUGGAGAAACAGACUGGAAACUAAAGGUUGCUGUCAGCUGUACACAAAGGUUGCCAGCUUUGGGGGAUCUUUUUUCAAUCAAUGCUUACGUUUAUGCUCAGAAGCCACAGCUGGAUAUUCACAGUUUUGAGGGUACCUUCACACGGGAAGACAGUGAUCCAGCAGUUCAUGAAAGCCUUAGCAUAGAAAAUACGUUAUGGGCAAGCACUGUUGUGGCUUCAGGAACUGUAAUUGGUGUUGUCAUUUACACAGGGAAGGAGACUCGAAGUGUAAUGAACACAUCCAAUCCAAAAAACAAGGUUGGCUUGCUGGAUCUGGAACUGAAUCAACUGACCAAAGCCCUAUUUUUGGCUUUAGUUGCACUAUCAAUUGUUAUGGUAACCUUGCAAGGAUUUGUAGGCCCCUGGUAUCGCAACCUUUUCCGGUUCCUCCUCCUGUUUUCCUAUAUCAUCCCUAUCAGUUUACGUGUGAACUUGGACAUGGGUAAGGCAGCCUAUGGGUGGAUGAUUAUGAAAGAUGACAAUAUUCCUGGAACAGUUGUUCGAACUAGCACCAUACCAGAAGAGUUGGGACGAUUAGUUUAUUUACUAACGGAUAAAACAGGAACACUUACACAGAAUGAGAUGAUAUUUAAGCGCCUCCACCUAGGUACUGUGUCCUAUGGAACAGACACAAUGGAUGAAAUUCAGAGUCAUAUUAUAAACUCUUAUUCACAGAUGCACUCUCAGAACAGUGGAAACAGCACGAGUUCAACACCAUCUAGGAGACUUCAGUCUUCUGCGCCUAAAGUCCGCAAGAGUGUCAGUAGUCGAAUACAUGAAGCUGUGAAGGCUAUUGCAUUGUGCCACAAUGUGACCCCAGUGUACGAAUCUCGUGCGGGUGUGUCUGGAGAAACAGAAUAUGCAGAAGUGGAUCAAGAUUUCAGCGAUGAAAAUAGAACUUACCAGGCUUCCAGCCCUGAUGAGGUAGCUCUGGUACAAUGGACAGAGAGUGUUGGUCUUACGCUGGUUAACAGAGAUUUGACCUCAAUGCAACUGAAGACCCCUGGUGGACACAUUCUGACAUACUAUAUUCUGCAAAUUUUCCCCUUCACUUCUGAGAGCAAGCGCAUGGGGAUCAUAGUUAGGGAUGAAUCUUCGGGAGAAAUUACAUUUUACAUGAAAGGUGCAGAUGUUGCAAUGUCCACUAUUGUACAGUACAAUGAUUGGUUAGAAGAAGAGUGUGGUAAUAUGGCACGAGAAGGACUGCGUACUCUGGUUGUUGCCAAAAAAUCACUGACUGAAGAACAGUAUCAAGAUUUUGAGAGUCGAUACAACCAAGCAAAGUUAAGUAUACAUGACAGAACCCUGAAGGUUGCUGCUGUUGUGGAGAGUUUGGAGCGAGAAAUGGAGUUGCUGUGUCUCACUGGAGUAGAAGAUCAACUGCAAGCAGAUGUUAGACCAACUCUAGAGAUGUUAAGAAAUGCUGGAAUAAAGAUAUGGAUGUUAACAGGAGAUAAACUGGAGACAGCAACUUGCAUUGCGAAAAGUUCUCACUUAGUAUCUAGGACUCAAGAUAUUCAUAUUUUCAGACCUGUUACCACUCGAGGAGAGGCUCACUUAGAACUAAAUGCCUUUAGAAGGAAGCAUGAUUGUGCCUUGGUAAUAUCUGGGGACUCACUUGAGGUUUGUCUGAAGUACUAUGAACAUGAAUUUGUUGAGUUGGCCUGUCAGUGCCCUGCUGUAGUGUGCUGCCGCUGUUCUCCCACCCAAAAAGCCCAUAUCGUGAAACUGCUACAACACCACACUGGAAAGCGCACGUGUGCAAUAGGUGAUGGAGGAAACGAUGUCAGCAUGAUCCAAGCAGCCGACUGUGGAAUUGGAAUUGAAGGCAAGGAGGGAAAACAAGCAUCCCUAGCAGCUGACUUUUCUAUCACACAAUUCAAACACAUAGGUAGGCUGCUGAUGGUACAUGGUCGAAACAGUUACAAAAGAUCGGCAGCACUUGGUCAAUUUGUCAUGCACCGAGGCCUUAUUAUUUCAACUAUGCAGGCUGUAUUUUCAUCAGUCUUCUAUUUUGCAUCUGUUCCCUUAUACCAAGGAUUCCUAAUGGUAGGGUAUGCAACUAUAUAUACUAUGUUUCCAGUCUUCUCUCUAGUAUUGGAUCAGGAUGUGAAACCAGAAAUGGCAUUGCUAUAUCCAGAACUUUAUAAGGAUCUCACAAAGGGAAGAUCUUUGUCGUUUAAGACCUUCCUCAUCUGGGUUUUAAUCAGUAUUUACCAAGGUGGUAUUCUGAUGUAUGGAGCCCUGCUGCUUUUUGAAUCCGAGUUUGUACACGUUGUUGCCAUUUCCUUCACUGCCCUAAUCUUGACGGAGCUCUUGAUGGUUGCGCUGACCAUACGAACAUGGCACUGGUUAAUGGUGGUGGCUGAAUUCCUCAGUCUUGGCUGCUAUGUGGCCUCUCUUGCAUUUCUAAAUGAAUACUUUGGUAUAGGCAGAGUGUCUUUUGGAGCUUUCUUAGAUGUUGCCUUUAUCACAACUGUGACCUUCCUGUGGAAAGUGUCAGCAAUCACUGUUGUAAGCUGUCUUCCACUUUACAUUCUCAAGUACUUGAAACGCAAAUUUUCUCCUCCGAGUUACUCCAAGCUUACCUCGUAAAAGUGAACAUAUUCCUAUGGUAUUUCACACAUGCCAGUCUGCAUAUUGCACAUUCACUGUGCUUUUGUGUCUAUAGAUUUGUGAUGGACUAACAAAAUAAAAGUCAAAAGUAAUAGAGUGAGUGGAGCACAAAAAGAGGAAGCAGCUGACAGAUACUAUAACAGAGAAGUACACUAACAAGACUACCAGAAAUAAACUAAAUUUUCUUCAUGUUGGAUUUUUUUUGUUGUUGUUUUUUACUUUCAAUCACUAUGAUUAUAAAAUAAAACUGAAUUUUCUUUGAGUUGUCAAUGCUUCUGAAUGAUUUCAUUGCUACUGUAAAGGAAUUUUCCCUAUUGCACUAAUCUGCAAGUUGAAUUGAAAGCUUCUUUAAUUAUUACAUGACUUCCUAAUGGAUUCAAGUCCUUUCCUUUAAUGUUUAUGUAUAGAAAAGUUCAUUCCUCCAUACUUACUGUAACAAACCUAGUGGUGUAAAUGCCAUUGUCUGUAUUAGCUGCUAAAUAUUAUUCAUCAUCAGACAUUGAUUAAUAUGCACUAUUUGAAUUAUGUACAGAUGUCUGCAUAGCACAGUAUUACUUUAGGAGAUGUUUGUCCUUUUCUGUACUCUCCAUUUCUGGCACCAGUAAAUAUAACAGAUCUGUGAUGUUGACAGCAGUUCUUUAAAUGCACAUUAAAGCCCGGUUGCACAAAAUCUGUUCAAAAAAUUAAAUGAUAAAUUCUGUACAUAAUUCCAUUGCACCUGUUGAUUUGUACAGAAUAUCAAAGGCGUGGCUGCUCAGUAAAUACGUUUAAAAAUUCUUACUCAUUUUGUAUUUGUAAAACUGCAAAUAGUGUCAAAGUACAUUUCUAUAUAUCAGAAGUCCGGUAAAUCUUGUAUUAGCUAAUAUGUUUAAAUUGCCUUUUAAUCUGUUUACUUAGGUUACUCAGGUAAAAGGAAAUGAGAUGAACACAUGAGCAUUAUGGUAGGAGAAUCCAUCAUCUUCUAAGUUGUAAAUGUUAUGUUUUUAUAACUCAGUUUGUCAGGUACAAACUUGCUUUAAAAAAAAAAACACAACAGUUUUUGCUUGUUGUAAACUGUCAGAGCUAGGUGUUUUCACUGAGUUAUAACACUUUACAGUAGUUGAAGGUUGUCCCAGGAAGUGAUAGUCUCUGAUCUGAUACAAUCCGAAGGGUCAAAAUCUUACGUACUGUACUGGGGUAUAGGAUAUAUUGCUUUAAUUUCCCAUUCUGAUAUGAAUUUGCUUUCUCAAGAAGUGCAUAUAACAAUUUUGGCAUAGCCUGUUAAUUGGUGGAAAGGAAAAGCGUAGUUAUCCAUGCUUUAAUUAUUAAAUAUUUAUGUAUGUGUUUUGAAACACUUCACAUGGAUGUCGUUUUUAUGUUUGACUGUAUACCUUUACAGCAUAAUUCCUUGUUCAGUCUCUUACAGCUUUGCCUUUAUGCCAUUGUUAUAUUGGAUGGCUGAUAUGUAAUGACAAAUGUAACUACUUCCUGGGAGAGCAGAGGGAACUGCUGCGGAGCUAUUUGGACUAAACUCCACUCCAUUAAUUUUC